GUCCCUGCGCAUGCGCAGAUCCGGGCUGGGCGCUCGUCGCCGAGGGGCGGGGGGCGCAGGGAGCGGGAGCCGCCGCCGCCGCCGCCGCCGCCUCCGGAGCUAACCGCGGGGACCGAGAUGCAGCUGCUGCCGCUCACCCUGUGUCUUCUGGCCACUUCCUUCUUUGCUGCCCUUCCCCACAGGCUCUCCCUCUCCUCCUCCUGGGGCCCAUCAUGAAUGGUGCCCCUUCCCCUGAGGAUGGGGCCUCCCCCUCCCCGCCCCCUCUCCCUCCACCUCCUCCUCCAAGUUGGCGGGAGUUCUGUGAGUCCCAUGCUCGGGCUGCUGCCCUGGAUUUUGCCCGCCGUUUCCGCCUCUACCUGGCCUCCCACCCACAGUACGCGGGGCCUGGCGCAGAGGCUGCCUUCUCCCGCCGUUUUGCUGAGCUCUUCCUACAGCACUUUGAAGCCGAGGUGGCCCGGGCCUCUGGCUCCCUCUCGCCACCUGUCCUGGCCCCCCUGAGCCCUGGCUUGGAAAGCCCACCACCCAACGAGCUGUCCCUUGAGAGCUGCAGGGUGGGUGGGCCCCUGGCUGUGCUGGGCCCUUCCCGAUCAUCUGAGGACCUGGCCGGCCCCCUCCCUUCCUCCGUCUCUUCCUCUUCUUCAACCUCCUCAAAGCCGAAGCUUAAGAAACGCUUCUCCCUCCGUUCGGUGGGUCGUUCGGUUCGAGGCUCAGUCCGUGGCAUCUUACAGUGGCGGGGGACCGUUGAGCCUCCCUCCCCAGCUGGGCCCCUGGAGACCUCUUCGGGCACCCCAGUCCUGGGUGGAAACAGCAACUCCAACUCCUCUGGUGGGGCUGGGAACAUUGGUAGGGGACUGGUUAGUGAUGGCACGUCCCCUGGGGAGAGAUGGACUCACCAUUUUGAGAGGCUGAGACUCAGUCGAGGAGGGGCCUCCUUGAAGGACGGCGCAGGGAUGGUGCAGAGGGAAGAGCUCCUGAGUUUCAUGGGGGCUGAAGAGGCCGCUCCCGACCCUGCUGGAGUGGGGCGGGGAGGAGGGGCAUCUGGGCCUACCUCAGGAGGAGGAGGAGGGCAGCCUCAGUGGCAGAAGUGUCGCUUACUGCUUCGGAGUGAAGGAGAAGGAGGAGGAGGAAGUCGCCUGGAGUUCUUUGUACCACCCAAGGCAUCACGGCCCCGACUCAGCAUCCCCUGCUCGACCAUCACAGAUGUCCGGACAACCACAGCCCUGGAGAUGCCCGACCGGGAAAACACGUUUGUAGUGAAGGUGGAAGGCCCCUCAGAGUACAUCCUGGAGACGACUGAUGCUCUCCAUGUGAAGGCCUGGGUGACUGACAUCCAGGAAUGCCUGAGCCCAGGACCCUGCCCUGCUACCAGUCCCCGUCCCAUGACCCUCCCUCUAGCCCCUGGGGCCUCCUUCCUCACAAGGGAGAACACAGAGAGCCUGGAACCGCCCUGCCUGAAUCACUCAGAGAGUCUGCCCAGCCAGGACCUGCUGCUGGGACCCAGCGAAAGCAAUGAGCGCCUGUCACAGGGGGCAUACGGGGGCCUCUCAGAUCGGCCUUCUGCAUCCAUCUCCCCCAGUUCUGCCUCCAUUGCCGCCUCCCAUUUUGACUCAAUGGAACUGCUUCCCCCAGAGUUGCCCCCUCGCAUGCCCAUUGAGGAGGGCCCCCCAGCAGGGACAGCUCAUCCUCUCUCAGCCCCCUACCCUCCCCUGGACACUCCAGAAACAGCCACAGGGUCAUUCCUGUUCCAGGGGGAGUCGGAGGGAGGCGAGGGGGACCAGCCCCUCUCAGGGUACCCUUGGUUCCACGGGAUGCUCUCUCGACUCAAGGCUGCCCAGUUAGUGCUGGAAGGCGGUGCCAACUCGCAUGGUGUCUUCCUGGUCCGUCAGAGCGAGACAAGACGGGGCGAGUACGUCCUCACUUUCAACUUCCAGGGCAAGGCCAAGCACUUGCGCCUGUCGCUCAACGAGGAGGGCCAGUGUCGGGUCCAGCACCUGUGGUUCCAGUCCAUUUUCGAUAUGCUCGAGCACUUCCGGGUGCACCCCAUCCCUCUUGAGUCUGGAGGCUCCAGUGACGUGGUCCUCGUCAGCUAUGUGCCCUCCCAGCGGCCGCAGGGCCGGGAGCAGGCCGCGAGCCAUGCAGGGGUGUGCGAGGGAGAUGGAUGCUACCCCGAGGCCUCCUCCACCCUCCUGCCCUUCGGAGCGAGUGACUGUGUAGCCGAGCACCUCCCAUGACCCACCCCAGGCCCCUGAACCCCCUCCAUGGACAGCUCCCCCACAUCCUGGGGCAGAAGAGGCGGCGGGGGCGCCAGAAGUGGCGGCAGCAGCAGCCACAGCAGCCAAAGAGAAGCAAGAAAAAGAGAAAGCGGGCAGUGGAGGGGGCCAGGAAGAGCUGGUCCCCCUGGCUGAGCUGGUCUCCAUGGUGGAAUUGGAAGAGGCCAUAGCACCUGGAGCGGAGGCCCAGGGUGGUGCUGGCUCUGCUGGGGACGCGGCCGUGACCCUGAUAGCGCAGCUCCAGCAACUACCACUAGGGGGCAACAGAGAAGAAGGGGGCCAUCCCAGAGCCAUUAAUAACCAGUACUCCUUUGUGUGAGCCACCCACCCACCCUCCACUCUCCUUGCUCCCCCGCCUUCGGUGGAGAGGCGAGGCGGGGUGGGGACAUAGAGGAGAGUGGGACUCCCCUUCCCCCACAUGCUUCCUGACCCUUGUCAGCCAAGGGCAUAUAUGUUGGUACGAGCAGCCAUUCGAGAGCCCUGCUAACUCCCCAGUUUGUACACUACAGGUGCCCCUUCCCCACUGGGGACUUGGGCUCCAUUACCUCCCUGCGGGGCUCCUGUGCUCAGUCCCAUCCCUGGGGGCCAUUUCCCCACUAACCACCCCCCAGCCCAAGCAAAGGGUGAGGGGGAAGGGCUGUCAGUUGUAUUAAGAUUGUCACUAUUGUUUUAAACAAAACAGAGCAGCAUAAAUCAAUAAAAGGGUUAUCUCAGUUC